GUUUUUUUUUUAUUAAUUCAUAAUGAUUUGAUUACAUUUUUAUAACGUGAUUUAUUGUUAUUUUUUGUAUAUCAUUUGGAUUUGAAAUAAUUGAUAUUUUGAUGUUAUUUUAAAACACUACUUAUUAUACGUAUAUUACGUUUCUAUGCUUCACAUAUAAUAUUCUAUGUAGGUACCUUUAGAAAUGGUUUUUAUGUUAGUAUUGAUCGCUAUUGCUGCCGUUUUACAGAUAGCUCUUAUUUCGAUUUUUAUCGGUGAGUUAAUAAUAAGUAUUUUCUUUAUUUGUUUUAAGAAAUUCAAUCAAUCCGUACAUCUGCUAAUCAUUAAAUGUUUUAUACUAUACUGCCUGUUCCUUAAUUAAUCUGAUGGUUGAUCAGAUAGAAAUCUGUGUUCCUUAAAUUAAAAUUAGUAAUCGGAUUGAUAGAUAGUCCAUUUACAAACUGAGUUUGUUUUUUCAUCAGAUGGAUGGUUGUUCUAAUCCAUCUAAUCUGGGUCUAUCUCUUGUGUUAUCAGAUUAAUUAAGGAACAGACAAAUAAGUUAAUUUUUAUUGUUAAUUUACAUAUAAUACCUACACAUUGGUUUUUUUUAUACUUUUGAUUUUUAAACAAUUGUUUACUCAGUGUUUUUUUUUUAAUUUAGGCGCUGGCGUUUAUUACUUGGCCGAAUUUGUGGAAGAACACACCGUACUUACCAAGAAGAUUAUAAAAUGGACUAUUCAUGUAAGAUUAAAUACAUAAUUUACUCAUGUUUUUAUCUUAUGAAUUUUCAACCUAGAAUUACAGUAAUAUAUAAACAUGAAUAUAAUUUAUUUUGUUUAAAAGUAUUGAAGUAAGUACUUCUUUAGAAAUUAUGACAUGAAAAAUACUUUUUCAUUUUAAUUGUGGAAUUGAACUAUUACAAUAAACUUUUACUUUUAUAUAUUAUAUUCUAAGUAAAAUAAUUGUAAUGUUACAGGUUGUGAUAUUAUGCCAUAUCGGAUUAUAUUUGUUUGACAAUGUGCCAAUAAUUUUGAUAGCUGCUGGUCUUUUAAGCCAUAUAGUAUAUUACUCAUUGCUUACAGACUUUCCGUACUUUAACUUGAGUUCAAUUAAAUUUAUUUUGUCAAUUAUACUGUUGAUAGGCAACCAUGUGCUGGUGUUUAGAUUUUUCCGACAACGAUAUUUAACACUAUUAGAGGUCUGAAAUUGUGUUUAUUGAUUUAAAUCUAACUGUAUAAUUGUAAUAAUUAUUAUGCUAUUAUGUUUAGAUUGUUUCUUAUUUUACUGUGUGUUUAUGGACCAUUCCUUUUAUGUUCAUAUUGUCGUUAUCUGCUAAUGACAAUACAUUACCUGUCACCAAUAUUGGUAAGUUGAUUAAUUUGUAAAUACCUAUUUUAUAGGAUUCAUAAUUCGUUUUUAUAUUAUUGCUUUAAGAUUAAAUUACACGUCUAUGCUUUUCAAACUUUAGUCAACAAAUAGUCCAUUUCUUACAAACAUUUUAACAUUUACGUAAUAUUAUAAUUUUCGAUAAAUGUUGUGUAACAAUAUUAUUUUCCAAUUUAAUAUGAAAGCAAAUUGUCUAUACUUUUUUACAAAAUAUCUUAUUCAGGUGUUUAACUUAUUAAAUUUUUUUGUUCUUAAUAAAAAGUGGGUAUUAUAUUGAAGUGACUUUUUAUGGAAGAUCCUGAGAAAAAAUAGUUGAUAACCCCAACUACUAUAGUAAAUAAGACACAGUUUAAGGUUUUUUUUUCAAGUUAUGUUUAAUGUUAUGGGUUAUUUAAAUAUUUUUUAAAAUAAAAAUUUUUAAAUCAGUCUAUUUAUUAAGUAUACUUAAUCUCAGAUAAUUUAUUCUAUUGUAUUUUACCUUUAAUUGUUAAUUAAUAAUAAAUAUAAUAAAUUAUAUUUUUUUUUUUCAGAUGAUAAUGUAGUAUCACAUUAUUUCACCAAUCGAAAAAAAAGUUAUAAUAUCAAAAAUAUUUUUACUUAUAUUAAUGAGAAGACUGGUGGCAAAAGUAACCAUUUUAACUAAUGUAACUUUAUGUAAAUAUAUUGUGAAUAGCUAUUAAUAAGAAUUUAUUAUUAUUGUUAUUUAUUGAUUUAAAAAUAAUAAUGAAGCAACAUUUAACUCUGUGCAUUAUCUAAUUUUAAUUUAUAAAUGGCAUUAUUAAGAUUUGAUGUCGGUUUUUGUUCUUAUGUAAUAAAUAUUCAACAGCAAAUGACACCAAUGAUGAUAAUAUACCUAAAAUAAUAUAUACAUAUAUAUAUAUAUAUAUUUUUUAUAUAUUAUAAUAUGUGUAAUUCACCUAGAAAUAGAACAAUAAAUGAUCCUUGCAUAUCAUCUAAAUUAACUUUGUGGUUUGUAAUUUGUAGUGGUGUAUUGAUCCAACAUUGAUCUUUUUUCGGCAAAGUGUUCAUCAACCAUUUGUUUAUAAGACCAACUUUAUGCAUUUUUUCAAUCCUAUAAACAAUGUACAUUGUUAUUAUACUUAUCAAGUACCC